AUGCAGUUCCAGGAUAUCCCCGAGGAGAUCCUUCUGAGCAUCAUUGACACCGUUGCAGACGAAGGCAUCCACUACCUGCAUUCCCUCGCUCUGACCUGCAAGCGCUGUAAUGUCCUCUGCAACAUAGACGAGCGGCGUUCCUACCAUUGUAUCUUUAUACACAGCUUCCUUGACUGCAACGCCGCUUUCAAGAAGCUCCUGGCCAUCCUGCGCAAGCCUCGUCUUGGAAGGCUCAACGUCCCGUUUGCCAUUCUUCCGCCAAUUUGGGAGCGCAACCUGCCCGAUGAGGAUAUGAAGUUGCUCCGAGCUGCUGUUAGAAAUGCCGGUUUUGAGGGACGCCACGAGCAGAGGGUGAUGCAAAUGCUCAUGCAAAGGGAUGCGCACAGCCAUUUCAUGGCCCCGGCUUACAGUCUUGAUAUUGCUCGCGAACGCGGAGUCUACAUUGGCCAAGCCAUUGCCGCUGUCCUUCUUACCGUCUGCACUGAUAUCGAAAACAUGGGCAUUGGAACCCCUGCUGCGAGAGAGCUGACGUGGGACCAGCCUCCUCGUGACGGAGUGCUCGUUCACGCGUUCCCUCUUUGUCGAAUCAUGAAAGCUAUCCAUAAGUCGCCACUUCAGUGUGGGUAUCUGAGCAAAUUAAGAAUACUGGAACUGUUCACUCCUCGGCCGGGUAGCCGGAUGUACGACCAAGCGGAUAUCAUUGGGCGGAUGGAGAUCUUCCAGGGACUACCGAGCCUGGAGACACUUGUGGUUGAGGGUGCGAGCUGGGGAACCAGAUCCACCACUAGAUUGGUCGAGAGGCGUUUCACGGUAGGCGCUUGUCGCGCAAAGAACGUCUACAUCACACACUCGAAGUUUGGCACCGAUGUCCUUGCAGGUGUGCUCUCUGCUGUCUCUGAGCUUCGCGAGUUUACCUAUUGUACCGGCGGCCGCAUGGGACAUCCACAUUUCCGCCACGCAAACGAUUUCAAUCCGUGCACCUUCUUCAAGUUCCUCCUGAUUCACAAACUCACACUCCGCACUCUCGACCUAGACUGCGAUGCUCAACUCGGGGAGUCAAUGAACACCUAUUACGAUGGUGGCGAAACCAUCCUGGAGCAUUAUCCUGAUGAGCUCAACCGCACUUGCGGCCCCUACUGCCGGCACAUAGAAAACCUCCACUGGAUCUUCAAAUUAGAUGGUGGACUGCGUGAUUUCACCGCGUUAACUCAUAUGAGAAUCGGCGCUAAGACCCUCGUCCUUUUUGCCCUGGGUAUCAACACUCGGCUUUCUCGGGCGCGCCCCUAUCUCGAUGGAUUUAUGCUGCUCCAUGCUCUGCCGCCGAAUCUCCAGGUCUUGACUGUUCGGGGCUUCCGGGUGCCUAUUCCUGGAGCUUACUAUAGUGUGGAUUGGGCUCUCUUGAGACUUGCUGGUCUACUGGCUAGACAUCGUCCUGACCUUGUUGUUGAGGGAUUGGGUCCGCUAGUUCAGAGCGGGCAUGAUCUUACUCGUCAAUCGCUUCCGGCGGAUGUUUAUGAUCAACUUAUUGGGUCUUAA